CAGCAUCUCUCUAUGCCCGCGACUCUCCGACUGGAAAAAAGCCUAACGCUCUGUUUUCGCUCUUCAUCGCCAUCGCACCCGCGAACCUGUCUGGCUUGGCCGCCGUCGAAUGCUCUCGUCGAGACCCGGCCACGCUCUCCAAGGGUUCCGUCUCAUUUCUCGUCGUGGCUUCUCGGUUUGAGAUUCCGACGCGCGAUGGCCCUCUUCCUCCGAUAGGGGUGGCCGACGUGGGUCCAUUCGAAUUUCUGCUGUUUUGAGCGUGUCGGGACGGAAUUGGAAGCGGGUUGGUAGUUGUGGGAGCAUCAAGAGGUUGGCACGAGUGGUUGCGGGAAAAUUGGCAUUGGGAUUUGGCUCAACCGGUUUUGUGGGUUUGUGGUGAGUGAGGCAAAUGAGUGUAUAUUAUGCACAAGCAUGUGCACUUGAGUGCAGAGAGAUUGUUAGGUGCUCCUGGAGCAUGACGUUCCCAUACAUCCAUGUCUAUUGACCUGUGUGUUGUCUUUCUUGGAUGAAAAUAAAGAAAUUGAUAAUGUUCCGUGUUGGUGGAUAUGGAACAUGUGCUCCAGGAGGACUUGGAAAUAUUUCUUCUGUGUAGAGAUCUGGAUUCCUUGUGAUGGCCAAUGACAAUUGCUAUUCUCAUAAUGGUGCACCUAAGUACAAGAGAAGGGUGGUGUCUGCUAUUCGGGAUUUUCCUCCAGGAUGUGGACGAUUUGCUCCAAGAAUCACUGUGGAACCAACAAAGAAUUCAGUUUACAUUGCCAGCUCUCCGAAUAAGGGGACUGCAGCUGAGGCUGUUGAUACAUCAUGGGGAGGUCACGUUGAUUCUAGAGUCGGAGAUUCUACAGCUAUCCUCACACAAACAAGUGUUGUAGAAUCUUGCUUGAAAACAUUGGGGCAGGUGGCUGAUGUGGUUGAUGGUGUAAGCUCGGUGAAUGAGAAGCAACCGACAGGAAUGUCUCUGGGGGCUUUGGAGCUCACAGGAAUUGUAGAGCCUGGAAAAGCUUCAGAAUCUGAAUUGUUCAAGAGAGAUGGUGGGGUUGCUGCUGCUCCUCAAGACAAAGAUACAACUGAAUCAAGUUAUGCUUGUUUUUGUUCUGGGAACACUUCGUUAACUAUUUGUUCCACCAGGAAGUGUCUCGAGAAAUCUAAAGCUAGAAGCUAUCCUCCUAGGAGAAGGGUUUCGGCAAUUAGAGACUUCCCACCUGAUUGUGGACGGAAUGCUCCUCUUUGUGACAAGGAAGCAUGCUCGAUUGUGGCCGCUCCUUUGAAGGAAACAAAGGUUAGUGAGGAAAGCCCCUUGAAGGAUCAGAAAACUCUAAGGCAGACAGAAGUGACAGGCACAAAUUUAAUUAAAGAAAUUUUGCGAGAUCAGGAUUCUCAAGAGUGCAAAUCUUUAAAUGAGGUAACUGAAGCAACUAAAGCUGAAGUUUGGGCUGAACAUGAAGAGAACAGUGUUGGAAGCAGGAGAGAGCAAGAUAAGUUGGGAACAAUUUCGGAGAUGAACAUAGAACCGGAGGAUGCCAAUGAUGGUUGGGGUGGAUCUCCACGUGGAAGUAAUCAAGAUCUUUUUGUCUGUCAGUCUGAGGCAUUUCUUGAUAAAAGUAUCAGCGAUAUCGAAAUCUCGGGGGGAAAAUGGGCAAAGAAAAUGGUUGCAUACAAAAAGGGGGAAAGCCUCAAGAGAAAGCAUGCAGACGUAUCAGGAAAUCGGACAUCGGAAGACAAUGCCGGUUCAUCAGAAGUUUCAUCAGAAAGGGUUUUGGUGCAAGGUCUCAUGGCUGCACCAUUUUGUCCUUGGCAGCAGAGCAAAGAGGAAAGCAAAUUGUCUUCUCCUAAUAAUAUAACUGCAAGGAUUUGGAAGGAAAAAGAUCCCGUAGGUCCUGAGAAAUCAAAAUUAAAACCUAAGAAAAAUGAUCCUGUGGGCCCUGAGAAAUCAAAAUUAACUUCAAAGGUAAAGCUUAUAGAAGGAAAAACCUCUGUGGGAAAGACUCCGCUGAAGAGCCAACCUUUUAGAGAGGAGUAUGCUCAUGAAAGCACUAGCGAACUGGUGGCUUGGGAAAAUCAGGAUGUUGUGGACACUGACGAGCACCAUGAAGAUCUUCAGGUGACUUUGCAUCCUAGAGCGUUUACUGUGAACCCACCUCCUUUUGGACAUGGUCUGUCAGAAAGUAAAAGCAAUGCUGACGUUAUUCGAAAUAAAGUCAGGAAGACACUGCGUCUGUUCCAAGCAGUCUGCAGGAAGCUCUUGCAGGAAGAAGAAGCCAAGACCAAAGGUGAAAGCAAACAUAAAAGGAUUGAUUUACAAGCCUCAAAAAUGUUGAAGGACCAGAAAAGAUUUGUUAACACCGGAAAACAAAUCCUGGGUCCUGUGCCUGGAGUUGAAGUUGGGGAUGAGUUUCAGUAUAGAGUGGAGCUGAACAUCAUUGGCCUUCAUCGCCAGAUUCAGGGCGGUAUCGAUUAUGUCAAUCGAGGUGGAAAGGUCCUGGCGACAAGUAUCGUGUCAUCGGGUUCAUAUUGUGAUGAUCUGGAUAACUCAGAUUUUGUGAUAUACACUGGCUCGGGAGGAAAUGUGAUUGGCAAGGACAAGGAACCUGAAGAUCAGAGACUUGUAAAAGGUAACCUUGCUUUGAGUAACAGCAUAUCUGAAAGGAAUCCUGUGCGGGUGAUCCGGGGAUUGAAAGAAACAAGGUCAUCUGAUUUCUCCGAUGCAAAAUAUAGAACGGUUUUUACCUAUACGUAUGAUGGGCUGUAUGUGGUGGAAAAAUGUUGGCAGGAACCAGGCCCACAUGGCAAGCUGGUCUUUAAGUUCCGUCUGAACCGGAUUCCUGGUCAGCCUGAGCUCGCUUGGAAAGUGGUAAAAAAGUCUGAAAAGUCUGAAGCACGGGAGGGUCUCUGUGUGCAUGAUAUUUCACAAGGGAAAGAGUCUGUUGCAAUAGGUGUUGUCAACACCAUCGAUGACGAAAGGCCCCUGCCAUUUAAGUACAUUACUCGCAUGAUAUAUCCUGGCUGGCUCCGCCCUAUGCCCUCUAGGGGUUGUGAUUGUUCUAGGGGGUGCUCAGAUACAGAGAAGUGCAUUUGUUCUGUCAAGAAUGAAGGAGAAAUUCCAUACAAUCAUAAUGGAGCUAUUGUUGAAGCAAAGCCCCUGGUUUAUGAGUGUGGACCUUGUUGCAAGUGCCCUUCCUCCUGCCACAAUAGGGUCACCCAGCAUGGUCUCAAGUUUCAGCUAGAAGUUUUCAAGACUGAAUUAAGGGGUUGGGGUGUGAGAUCCCUUAAUUCUAUUCCCUCUGGAAAUUUCAUAUGCGAGUAUAUAGGGGAGCUCCUUGAAGACAAGGAAGCAGAAGAACGGACUGGAAAUGAUGAGUACUUAUUUGACAUUGGCAAUAACUACGACGACAGUAAUCUCUGGGAUGGGCUCUCUACCCUUAUGCCUGAUGUACACGUGGAUUCUCGCGAAGUUGUGGAGGAGGCUGGUUUUACCAUAGAUGCAGCCAUGUAUGGGAAUGUUGGGAGGUUCAUUAACCACAGCUGUUCUCCCAAUCUGUAUGCCCAAAAUGUCCUCUAUGAUCAUGAGGACAAGCGAGUUCCUCACAUAAUGUUCUUUGCUGCCGAAAAUAUUCCUCCUUUGCAGGAGUUGACGUACCAUUACAAUUAUACGGUAGGUCAGGUUCGUGACUCUAAUGGCAAUAUCAAGAAAAAAGAUUGCUAUUGUGGUUCUUCAGAGUGCGUGGGAAGGAUGUACUAAAGGAGAAAUGACUUAAGUAUGUUUUUUGUUCUUUUUUGAGGAGGAACUUGUGCUAUUGGCCAAAAAGAAGAGCAGGAACUUGUGCUUUCUCAGGUAAGCUCCUUAUCGAGCUCAGGCUCACGCAGGCUCUUAUAACAUGUUGCUAAUGAUAUAUAUGUAGCCAACAUGACAUUAGAAAUUGCACAAGCUUUUUGCUUCA